AUCAUGUGGCCUUUUCAUUGGAAUAUAUUCAUCGGAAAUAAAACUCGAGCUGAAAACCAGCAACAGCAAAAUUAUUGAAAAUGUGCGCAUCGUGCCGCGGUGGCUGCGGUCUCUGCAUUGGCCGCUGCAGAUGCACCGGCUGCUGUGGCCCCAUGCCAGAUGCCAAUUGUCGGCCAUAUCUGGAGAAGCUGCAGCCCGUAUCGAAAUAUCGCUGGUUCCGACAUUGCACCACAGCCGGUUGCAAAAAAUGUCAAAGGGAUGAUGAUGAUGAUGAUGGCGAUGAUGAUAAUGGUCUCGAUUGCGAUUGCAUUUGCCGCCGGAAUCGUCACAUUAUCGAGGCGCUCAGCUGCCUAUUCUCGUGCUCGAUCCAAUAUAUGGUAUCGAUAUUGUUUAAAUUGGCCUAUCUGCAACAGCAGCCGCUCAAGCGAUUUCCCCGCGAUCGUGUCUGGGAUGUAAUGGAGCACGUUAAGGCGCCAUACACAGAGCUAAACGAUCUGGACAUAUAUGACAGCAUGUACGACCGCUGUGGACUGCCCAUUGAUCCGCUCGAUACUGACAAUAUGCUAAAGAUUGUACGGCUCAUGUUCCUAACAUCGGUGCUGACAAUUGACCAGGAAGACUAUUUGCUGAACAUGUUGCAGCGCCUGAAUGCCAAGGCCAACUGUCCGGUUCAUCUUGAUCUCUUGCUCCAGACGCUCGAGGGCGUCGAUCUGAAGAAGCUGGUGUGCAGCAUGCGCGACCAGGAGGCGCUCACGCGCGGCUUGUACACAUCCCGCCUGUGCAAUAGCAUUUGCAAGCUGUACCGCAAAGUGGCCACAGUUGAUAAGCAUUUGGUUCGCCACAAUAGGAACAGGCGCCGCAAUAAUUAUAAUAAUAAGCCAGCCGCCAGCAGCGAGCAUGCCGAGGAGGUGCCACCAACGCGUCAAUCUGUAUUGAAUCGCCAGUUUUGCGAUCGGAAGCCCCCAGCCCAAAAUGAGGCGAACACCUCACCGAAGAACUCCACCAAUAAAACGAUGUCCAAUCGUUUCAGUAAUCCAGCCACAAGGGGCAUGCGCUAUUCUGGUACCACCAACAGCAGGCGUUACUACAGUAGCAGCAUGACCAAAUAGGGCAUGACCAAUUCUGGCACAGAUCGGUAACAUUACGGACACGACGUGACUGGGCCGAGUGGUGGUCGGGGCCUACUGAGGGUGAGGGUUGCAUUGAAAGCAGCCAACAAUGCACUUUUCUAAUUUUGUUGUCGUUUGGCAUCGAAAACACACACUUAAAUUACAUUAAAUUACGCAUGUCUAUAUAUCU